AUGACGGGGAAACAAAGCGCCGUAUUGUCGGAAAGUUUACAUUUAUCGGAGAAAACCUCUCUGGGUGCAAAUGGAGGCAGCCACCAGCCGAAGAGCAACGCGACCCAUCCGCCGCCCAGGUGCACGGGCUUCGGCAUCCAGGAGAUACUGGGGCUCAAUAAAGAGCCGUCCGCGUUCCCGAGGAGCCCGCUGAGCUCGCUGCCGGCCGGGGCGCACCUACUGGCCGCCAGGUCCCUGCUGGGCCCCGCCGGCAUGGGCAUGGGGAUGGGGAUGGGCAUGGGCAUGGGCAUGGGAUUAAUCGGCCAUGGUGGCAUUCCGUCGUUCUACAGACAACCAGCGUUUUUGGAGACGGUGCUGUCGGACGCACGCGACGUUCACCUGCAGCCCCACAGGAGGUCCGCGGGCCCGGACACCAGCCAGUCUGCCAGCUCAGACUCAGAUGAUUUGUCUUCAAAUGAACGAAAACUCUCAAAGUCAUCAGUAAAUCAGAGCAAGAAACGCAAGAAAAGACGCCACCGGACCAUCUUCACCUCCUAUCAGCUGGAGGAGCUGGAGAAGGCCUUCAACGAGGCGCACUACCCGGACGUGUAUGCCCGAGAGAUGUUGGCCAUGAAAACAGAGCUACCUGAAGACAGGAUACAGGUAUGGUUUCAGAACCGCAGAGCCAAGUGGAGGAAGAGGGAGAAAUGCUGGGGCCGCAGCACUGUGAUGGCAGAGUACGGGCUGUAUGGAGCCAUGGUGAGGCACUCCAUCCCCCUGCCAGAGUCCAUCCUCAAGUCUGCCAAGGACGGCAUCAUGGAGUCCUGUGCCCCCUGGCUGCUGGUCCAAGAUGGCUUACCAUUCAGCAGACGCUAUUCUAAAUCUGAAUACCCGCAACUCUUUGCAGGGAUGCACAAAAAGUCAGCGGACGGAGCGCCCCCCCCGGCGACAGGACCGUGCGAUGCGCCCCAGCAGCAGCAGACGAGCUCUCAGAGGCCGGAAGAAGCUGAGGAGGAGGAGAAGAGGUCAGAGGGCAAGGCCACCAUUUCUAAAGAGGAACUGAGAGAGAACAGCAUAGCUGCACUCAGGGCCAAGGCACAGGAGCACAGUGCCAAAGUGCUGGAGACGGUUUCUCAUGACAGACUGCUGGAGGGCAAACAGGAGAGACAGGCGGCCGAGGAGAAAGCUGUUGAUCCUCCGAGCCCAGCAGAGGAGGAGAAAAGUCCGUAGAGAUUUUCCUGUGGACUGGUUUUCUCCUGAGUGAAUGCAGUGAGCUGGCUGCACUUACCCAGCACUGUCCUGCAGGUUUCCAUCCCUCAUUGACUUCUUUUAAACCCGCCUGCAUCUGGACUUCUUCAAGAAGGUAUCUCGUCUGGCCAUCACUGCUGCACACAAGAUGCAAAAAGCACUUUUUCUGAUUUACUUCCAGACCUACUGUUGUUUUUGCUUAUGCAGAGUAGAUGAGAUCUGUCAGAAGGAGUAAAGUGUUAAUACUGGUGUAUAUAUAUCCCACAGUUAUAUAUAGAG